GUGGCUUGGGGCAAGAUGCGUGUUGGCCGGUGUUGUGCCUCAACACGUUUGGAAGUUAGGGGUUGGAGCGGCCUGGUGAGCUUACAGCUUUCGUCCCCUUUUCUGCCAGCCUUUCCCUCCAGAUCCGUCCAACCUUUACAGCUCCCCCUUUCCCACCCCAGGCCGCCCCUGGAACUCAUGAAGUAUCCUUAAAAAAGAGGCCCUCAGAAGAUUCUUAAGACGGUGAAGAACAUAGUGGAAACAAGUCACCUGAGCUUUUCUGGCCCUAAAUGGCUGCAGAAGCAAGAAAGUCUUUAGCCCCAUCCCCACCAGACCAGGCUCCUGAAGAGGACCUUGUAAUUGUCAAGGUAGAGGAAGAUCAUGGUUGGGACCAAGAAUCAAGUCUACAUAAAAAUAACCCUCCUGGCCAAGAGCUCUUCCGACUGCGCUUCAGAAAGUUAUGCUACCAAGAGACGCUAGGACCCCGAGAAGCUCUGAUCCAACUCCGGGCACUUUGCCAUCAGUGGCUGAGGCCAGAUUUGAACACCAAGGAGCAGAUCCUGGAGCUGCUGGUGCUGGAGCAAUUCUUGACCAUCCUGCCUGAGGAGCUUCAAACUCUGGUUAAGGAACAUCAGCUUGAGAACGGAGAGGAGGUGGUGACCCUAUUGGAGGAUUUAGAGAGGCAGAUUGAUAUACUAGGACGGCCAGUGCCGGCUCGUGCACGUGGGCAUAAGGUACUCUGGGAGGAGGUAGUGCAUUCAGAAUCUGCAGCAGAGCCUCCAGAUACUCAGCUCCAACCUGUAGCAACGCAGCACAAGUCUCCAGUGCUCCAAGGGCCACAAGACAGAGCCAUAUCUGCUUCACAGAGUCCUACCCCUUCCCAGAAAGGAAGUUCUGGAGACCAGGAGAUGACAGCUACACUUCUUACAGCAGGAUUCCAGACUUUGGAGAAGAUUGAAGACAUGGCUGUGUCCCUAAUUCGAGAGGAAUGGCUUCUUGAUCCAUCACAGAAGGAUCUGAGUAGAGAUAACAGGCCAGAGACUUACAGAAAUAUGUUCUCCCUGGGUGCUGAGACCAGGAAUGAGAACAGGGAAUUAGCUUCGAAACAGGUAAUAUCUACUGGAAUCCAACCACAUGGAGAGACAGCUGCCAAAUGCAACGGGGAUGUUAUCGGGGGUCUUGAGCAUGGAGAAGCCUGUGACCUUCUGGGCACAUUAGAGAGGCAGCGGGGAAAUCCCACCCAAGAGAGACGACAUAAAUGUGAUGAAUGUGGGAAGAGCUUUGCUCAGAGUUCAGGCCUUGUUCGCCACUGGAGAAUCCACACUGGGGAGAAACCCUAUCAGUGUAACGUGUGUGGUAAAGCCUUCAGUUACAGGUCAGCCCUUCUUUCCCACCAGGAUAUCCACAACAAAGUAAAACGCUACCACUGUAAGGAGUGUGGUAAAGCCUUCAGUCAAAAUACAGGCCUGAUCCUGCACCAGAGAAUCCAUACAGGGGAGAAGCCGUAUCAGUGCAAUCAGUGUGGGAAGGCUUUCAGUCAGAGUGCAGGCCUUAUUCUGCACCAGAGAAUCCACAGUGGGGAGAGACCCUAUGAAUGUAAUGAGUGUGGGAAAGCUUUCAGUCAUAGCUCACACCUCAUUGGACAUCAGAGAAUCCACACUGGGGAGAAGCCUUAUGAGUGUGAUGAGUGUGGGAAAACCUUCAGGCGGAGCUCACAUCUUAUCGGCCAUCAGAGAAGCCACACUGGGGAGAAACCCUACAAAUGCAAUGAGUGUGGGAGGGCCUUCAGUCAGAAGUCAGGCCUUAUUGAACAUCAGAGAAUCCACACUGGAGAAAGACCCUAUAAGUGUAAAGAAUGCGGGAAAGCUUUCAAUGGGAACACUGGCCUCAUUCAGCAUCUGAGAAUUCACACAGGGGAGAAACCCUAUCAGUGUAAUGAGUGUGGGAAAGCCUUUAUUCAGAGGUCAAGUCUCAUUCGACAUCAGAGAAUCCACAGUGGAGAAAAAUCUGAAUCCACGGGAGUUUAGGGGAAAAAAUUCAGUCACAGUUUGGGCAUUAUUCAUCAUUAGCAGAACCACAUGCUGAUGAGAGGUCUUUCAGUGUAAUAAAAAGGCAGAAAGUUCAGCAUCAUUACAACGUUUUCUAGCAUCAGAAUGGAUAGUGGUGGCAAAGUUAGAAUAGCUCUUCAGUAGUUCGGGCCCAGUGCCUUGAUGCAGGUUGAUUAGCUUGACUAUCUUGGGAGGUGUCUGAUGGAAUGGAGCUCCCGCUGGCCCAGUGUAUCCUUUAGAAGCUUAAAAUAGCAUUAGAGCAAUGACUUGUCUUGCCUCAAGGCACUUAACUUUGUCUUCUGGGUGAUUAGUGAUAGGCUUGAGAGAGGCUUCUCCAGGUCCUCUGCUUUUUCCCAUCUCCUAUGAUCCCCUCCUCCCAUUUUUCUGCUGAAGGUGCACUUAUGCUCCUAAUCUGAUCUAAGAAACUGCUUUAGAGUCUGAAGUAGCCUCUGUGUGAGACUUACAUUUAUAUUUAGGUUUCUAGAAUUCUAGUUCUAGGGAACUUUUUACAAAUACUUAAUAACAUGUUUAUGCUUAAGUGUGCAUUUUAUUUUGUUCUAAUGUUCCUGAUAGUCAGUGGAAAUCCUUGUUCCCAUGCAAACUCAGAAUGCUAUAUUUUUAACAGCACUCCAGCAUUUUCCUUCAUAUAUCGCCUUCGCUGACUCCACUGAGUCAUUGCACAUCCAUACGUAUCCUUCACCACCCCCAGUCCCAGUACCCGUGUCAGCAAAGGAAGUGGACGCGUUAGUGAUGGUUGUGGGAAUGAUGCAGAGAAAGAGGUGAGUGGAGACUCAGCCCAGCUGCUCUUGAGCUUGGAUGGUUGUACUCUUGGUGACUUUUUACUCUCCUUUCCACCUUCCCACUGUACACUGUGGUAGAAAUAGAUAUUUACACUAUCCUCAUUAAAGCAUCACGUAGGAAAAAGAAGAGACAGUGGUGCUUGAACACCUAAAAAUCCUUACAAGGAAUGUACACUUGGCUCUUUUUGGUCCAUUAAAGUACCGUUCUCUAAGGUUUCUAUCAGUCUGCACAACGCCCUUGACUAGAUGAUCUGUCAUUCUUAUCUUUACCCCUGACGCACCUCCUUCGAUAGCCCCAGAUCCUCACUCAUUCUUCAUCUGUUUCUUGCCAUUAGCUUUACACAUACUAUAGAUAAGCUUUACAUAUCUAUAGUGGUAACCUGUUGAAUACUUCCCCCCAUAGUUCCUCACUCUCUGAAUUCUGGUAUACUCCAUCUAUAAUCCAGCAAAGAUGCGAUGUUAAACUCAUCAUCAUCAGGCACUAUAUUUCAUCUUUAAAGCUUUCAUUAUACCAAGGGAUAUUGUAUAAAGUAAUGAUGCUGGUUUAAAGUAAUACCCAGAACUUCCAGAAGCAUCCAAAUGGUUGUCGUCUUUUUUUUUUUUUUUUUUUUUGCCAUGUCUAAGGCAUGCAGAAGUUCCUGGGCCAGGGAUUAAACCUGUGCCACAGCAGGGACCCAAGCCACUGCAGUGACAAUGGUGGAUCUUUAACUUUCUAGGCCACUGGGAACUCUGGAUUGUCCUUUAAAUUGAGCUGUUCAGGCUGUUGUAGUAGUGCUGUUAUUCCAAGUGCUACUGUUCCUCCAGAUAUUUGGAACACUCUCAAGAUUCCCAUUUAAUAAUCCAUACAAGAAAAGUCUGUUACUCUUGAAUUUCAUCUCAUUUUUGACCAGUUGAUUACUCACUCAUUCACCAUAUUUGUAAUUGAGUAACUUUUGGCCAUUUCCAGAGUUGGCUUUCAAAAUUGGAAUUGACUCCAUUAAUCCUAUUCAGAAGAAUGUGAUAUAUAUUAUGUUGAAAAUUCCAAGAGAAAUUAUGCGAUUUCAUGCUGUGACUAUCCUGAACAGGGACAAGACUUACUAAUCAUGUUAUUUUAUGAUUGAUAUUUUUAAAAAUCCACCACAAAAUCUUACACCGUAGAGGUCCACCUUGUGGAUUAUAAAUUCCUUCCAUAUAACAUCCCUUCUCUACCCCACCAUGGCCCAUUAAUAACAUCAAGGUUAUCUACAUCUAUUCCAUUGAGCCAUUGGUAGCCACUUGUCAUUUGUCAUCCUGGUUUCCUUGGUUAACUUUUUCAUUAUCUGUUAUUCUCUUCUCUUCUCUCCUGCCUAUAGGUUACCAUUUGUAAUUCCCUUGUACUUGAAAUUAUAAGAAACCAGAAACAAAUCUAGUUGUCUCUAGAUCCUCGCUCUCUGCUUCAGUUGUGCCUUACCCUCUGUAAGAUACUGGUUCUGCCUGAGGCCAGUACUUGCUGUGUGCAAAUAUUUCAUAGGAUGAGUACAUUGUCAGAGGGAGAAUAUGGUGUAUGUGCAUUGUAUACAUACCGACUACCACAUAGUUCAGAGGAACAGUUGUUUCCUAUUUCAGUGAAAGCUUUUAGCAGAACUCCAUACUGAAAUGACUGUAUAUGUACCAGCAAACAUCUCUUCUCUCAGAGUAAUGUGUAGCCAGAUUAUUUAAAUCUCAGAAUUACUAAGCAUCCGGCAGAAAUUUAGAGGAAAAAAAGUAUGAGCAGAAAGGUUAGUAUUAUACUGGGAUGCAUGUCAGAAAAGAUUGGCUGAAAAGAAUGAUACAUAUACCGAGGCUGGUUCAACACACCUAUAGAAAUAGCCAAGUAUAAGACAGUCAAAAAAGGCUGUUGUUUCUUUGGGGGCAGAAGUAGUUCAUUCUUGGUCUCCAGUUUUCACUCUUAGAUAUUUAGAAUAUUGUUGAUCCGUCUGUAUGACCUUGGUUUGAGCUCCUAACUAUGAGUGACAUGCACUAAAGUUCUUUUAUCCUACAGAUUCUAUUUUUAUACUCUUAAUGUGAAGUGAGCUGUUCACCAGUACUUGCUUCUCCCAGUCACAGCUUUUCAUUUUAGGACCUGGCAUGAUAAAAUGGUUCUUCUGUAACUGUUGCCAUCCAACUUAGUCCUAGGAGAGACAUCUUAGGUUUCAGAAAUUUUCUCCAUUGAGCAUGGUAGCAGCACUGGAAUGCAGUGGUUGAUUCUCAUAUGGAGAAGUUAGUUUUACUCUUGGUUCUGAGGCUCUAGAAAUUAAUAACUGGCAUUUAUUGAGUGCUUACUAUGUGCCAAACCCUAUGUUGCAUAUUUUUCAUGAUAGAUGUUAUAUCUUCCAUUUUAUAGAUGAGGAAACUGAAGUUUAGGGAAUUGAAUGAAUUGACCAAGAUCACACAGCUAAUAAGUGAUAGACCAGGGAUCCUAACCUACCUAGUCUGAUUCUCAAGCCUAUGCUUCUGCCAGCUGAGCUACCAUAUCUCUAAUGAAGACCCUAACCCUGUCCAGCCAUUUAAAAAUUAUGUAUCCCUGGUCAUAAAUAUUGGAGAAGGGAAUGUACAGUAAAAUGCAAAUCCAUUGCAAUUACUAGAAAAGUGGUUGAAAGUACCAUUUUGGUUUAUAAUUUUAUCACCUGUAAAAGUUGAUACUUUUGAUGCUUUGUAGUACUAGAAAGCUAAAUUCUGUAAAUACAGUAUGUUUAAAGAAGUAAAGCAUUUAAAAACUGGGAGAACAACGCAGUAACUUACAGAUUCAAAUACAUUUCUCUCUAAUCUGUACCAAAGAAUGAAACAUCCAUGCCCUAGGCCAGGCAGAUGGACACUUAGGAUGACAAUAGUAAGUUCAUCUAUAGCAUAAAAUGUGUAAAAGUUUCAUCUUUACUGCUCAUUUCCAACUGUCAUUUUAUUUUUCUUCUGUCAUUCAUGGUUAUUCAAACAUGUCCUCCAUUGUUAAACCCUGUUUCCUCAUUAAUCUUUUCUUAAAAUUUCUUCUUGCUUUUUAUACUCACUCCACUGAAAUGUCCUCAGAAUCACCAGUGGAUAUGAAUGCCUUUUCUUAAUUCUUGUCUUUCUUGGUCUGUAUUUUGUACUCAAAUUUCCCUUACAUCUCAAGAAUUCUCUUCUCCUUUGACCUGUGGGAUCCUUUUUAGUCAGUUUUCUUCACUUUUAGCUUUUCCUGUUUUGUUUUGUUUUUUUUCCCUCUCCUCUCCACUGAGAAAAAUCUCCAUGUCUUGAUUUUAUUCACUACUUUUUCUAUACUUCUGUUUUAUCCAUUUUGAUUAUUUACACUUACCUUCCAUAUUUCAAUAACAUAGUAUUUUCGACCCUGUGUGUUGUCUCUCAAGUUGUGAACUUUUACAGAGGUACCUAUGCAAUUUGGUAUUUGAAAGCAGAACUUCUCACUCUAUCCCCAGUCCCUGUUUUCCUAUUAAAUAGUCAUCUUUUCUUAACAUCUUUACCCUGAACAGACUCACUACCCUUCAUGCUUCUUAUCUGAAUCUUGGAGUUGUCUUUUAGUCUUUUUCUGGUCUCUACUGUUCAUGUCCAAAAUCUUACCAAGUUUCUCUAAUUCUUAGUUGGUUUUCUCCUUGAGGCUGGAUUCUUUACAUUUCUGCCAUCCCUUCAUAUCCUUUUCUGUAGAUCCGUGUCAUCCAAGACCCAGGUUAUGGUAAUUCUUUCUUUUCAGUUUCCUUGCUCCCAAGAUCCCCACCUUGUAUGCUUCCAAGGUGAUCCUCCUCGAAGUCAAUUUUCACUCAAGAACACCCAAAAAGUAAUUCCUGACAGAGCAAUGAUGUUCCAAGUUCUCCAUACCUUACCCUCCAUGCUUAAUCUGCCUCAGCAUCACUUUCUAGCAUAUUCCACUUGAUUCAUCAGUCACUCUUCCUGUGACCGUCCACUGUUGUCUUAUAAGCUGUUGCCUCUGUGCCUUUCUCAUGCUAUUCUCUUUGCUUAGAUUUCUCUUUGGCCCCAGCCCAUGUUCAUUACUCCCUUCAAAGCCUAGCUUCCAUUAUAUCUUCUAAGUGAGCUCUCCCUGACGAUUUCACCUCACACUAAGACCUCCCUUAUUCUGUGCUGCCUCAGCACUGAUCCUUUGAGUUUGUUCUGUGGUCCAUGCACUUACUAAUGUAUUGUUUUGUAAUUAUUUUCUAGUACUCUGUAAUGUAGUUUCACAUUUGUAUUUAUUUCCAAAGUUAAAUUGUAAGCUCCUUGAGGGCAGGAAUAGUAACUUCUACAUUUGUAUCUCUGCACCCCUUAGUGCCUAGUACAGUGCUGAGCACACAGUAGGUGUUUAAUAAAUGCUUGUCAAAUUA